AGUUAACAACGCGCCAGCCGUCAUGUUGAGGACUGUUUGUCUAUUAGCGCUAGCAGCCUAUGCAUCGGCUCAGUACCAGAAUGAUCCUAGGAACGCAGCGAUCCUAACCGAAGCACGGUAUCAGCAAGGAGACGGCAAGUUCGGGGCCGCCUACACCCAAGAGGAUGGAGUAGAGUUCAAGGAAGAGUCCGACGCCGAUGGUACCAGAAGAGGAACCUACAGCUGGGUCGACCCCACCGGAGAGAGGCGCACCGUGAGCUACGUCGCCGGCAAGAACGGAUUCCAGGCAACUGGCGCCCACCUUCCAGUUGGGCCUGCCCAGGUGCCUCCAGUGGCCCCACAGCCACAGUACACCCCCCUCCCGCAGUACAACCCCCCUGCUGAGCCUGAGUACAGGGCCCCGCAGCAACAGUACAGGCCCCCACAGCAGCAGUACAGGCCCCCACAGCAGCAGUACAAUCCGCCACCACAGCCCCAGUACCAACCCGCUCCUCAGUACAACCCACCCGCACCGAGGUACAACCCACCCGCACCCCAACCCCAGUACAACCCACCCGCCCCCCAACCACAGUACAACCCACCCGCCCCUCAACCCCAGUACAGGGCCCCCAGCUACACCACCACCCCACCUCCCCAUAGGUUCUUCCCCCCCGGCAAGCUCUCUCUCAACAGGUCACCUGACGGCUUCAGCUACACCUUCAACAAGGCCUAGUCACCAUCCCAUCGCCGCUUCCUCCUUGUACAUAUCUCCUUCGCCUAGUUAAUAAAGUCAUUAUUUAAGCGCGUUCUUUUUUAAAAUAUAUUGUUAUCAUUUGUGUACCCUUCAUACCUUUACAAACUCCUCAACAAUUUUAUAUUAAAUGUAUUACUGAAGGAUCUGAAUUCAUAAAAGAAAUUAUGACCGGUUUCUUUGAAUACAAAAUUAGAAAUAAUAGUCAAAAUCAAUUUUUAAAUAAAAAUUAAGACAAAAUAGUUACUAAUACUAGACAAUCUUAGUUCCUAUACGUUAAUAAUUGAUAUAAUCAACAUGCUUUUGCAUUUAACUCCUCUAAUUUUUCAUUCGGGCUUAGUUAGGUUUCUCCUAUCUAAAGAAAUACAAUAAUAUCUCUAUGGUAAUAAGCUAAUAAGUAACUGCAAGGCUCUUGCGAGACUCUUGCGCAAGACCAAGACCAUGACCAAAACUGAGCUUCCAAGACCAAGACUAGUCUCGGUCUCGCAUUUGGGCAAUAUUAAUCGCUACAAAUCACCAUUGAUCAGGAUGUAUGUUGGUAAGACGAACAUUCUUAUUUCAAAGAAUUUGCGACUUGAUCCUUCUUAAUAAGAUUAAUACAGAUUUAAUUCAUAAUGAUAUUGCUUUACAAAACAAUAAAAGCCACCUCUAGAAUAUUAUUUAGAGAUAAUUGUUGAGAUAAGUGAGGCAAUAGAAACAGGUAAAGUACAAAAAAUAAAAAAAUAUUACGAAACUUAUGAAAUAGAAAUAGAAAUAGAAAUAGAAAAUAACUUUAUUCUGG